AUGCGCUCGACUCUACUCGUUCUUUCUUCCAUUGCAGUCGUAACCAGCGCAUAUCAACUUCAAAGCAAUCUUGGAAAAUUUUACGCCGCCGGAAAACAAGGCUGCAUUUGCGCUUCUGAUAAUGCAGAUGGUGCUCCCGUCGUGGCCCAUGACUGCAAUACUGAAGAUGUCUCAAAACACUCUUGGGAGCUCACUCUCACCGCCAGCGAAAACGAGGAGCGGGGACCUCAACAGCUUAAAGUCUUUGGAAACAAGUGUCUCGAUGUCAAAGACGGUGUAAACCAAGACGGUACCAAGCUUCAGAUCUGGACUUGUUCAGACAAGAACCCCAACCAACAGUGGAUCCCAGUCGACGGAGUCCUGUUUAACGAUUUCACUUUCCAGUGGGCCGGUACAAACAAAUGUAUUGACCUGACGGAUGGAAAUAUCAACGAUGGGAAUCAAAUCCAGAUAUGGACUUGCGAUAUCAAUCAGGAAAACGAGAAUCAAAAGUUCGGUGGUCACAAGGUUCCCAAUACAGAAAGCUACGAUUCUAUCCUUCUCGGUGGUCCUCGGGAUAUUAAAGGAAACCCCAGUAUCUGUUUGGUGGCACCCAACAACACCGACGGCGCACCGGUGUCUAUCGUCGCGUGCGAUAAACUCGCCGAAACUUUCCCCAACGGUAACCAAACCUGGGUUGUUCCUGUUAGACCAAUGUCCGGUACUAUCAAAACCUUCGGAGGAACCAAGUGUCUUGACGUCCGAGAUGGAAACGAUGCUAACGGGAAUCCACUCCAGAUUUGGACUUGUGUUGAGGGAAGCACGAAUCAACAGUGGAUGUUUGACUCUGCUGCUGAUACGUGUACGAUUUCAUGGCUUGGGAAGAGCAAGUGUAUUUCGAUUCCCAACGGCAAUAUGACGGCUGGAAAUUCGCUUCAAAUCUCCGACUGCGAUUCCACGAAUGUCUAUCAACAAUGGUUCCUCCAUCAGGAUCGUACUGAUUUGGAUGAGUAG